AUGGGGAAUGUACCAAUGUUGCACGUGAGCGACCCUGACUUGGUGAGGGAAAUGAACCUAUGCAAAUCUCUUGACUUAGGGAAGGCCACUUACCUACAAAAAACUCAUGAGCCUUUGUUUGGCCAUGGCAUUCUCAAGUCUAGUGGAGAGUCAUGGGCUCAUCAAAGAAAAAUUAUUGCACCAGAGUUCUACAUGGAUAAGGUCAAGGGAAUGGUUGAAUUGAUGGUGGAUUCUGCCAUCCCACUGUUAGAAACAUGGGAGAAAAGAAUUGAGAAGGAAGGAGGAACAGCUGAGAUAAAUAUUGAUGAGGAUUUGAAGAGCUUUUCUGCAGAUGUAAUUUCGAGAGCAAGUUUUGGAAGUAGCUAUUCCAAAGGAAAGCAAAUGUUUUUGAAGCUUUAUGAAUUGAAGAAAGCUGUUUCUAAACCAAAUCUCCUCGUCGAAAUCACUGGAAUAAG